CUUAUAACCAUUAACCAGUUAGUAUUCGAUUCGUAUUCUAAUCGAUAACAUUUCUAUUGUAGCCUAUCUAAGCGAUAUAUUGGUAUUGUUGUGCCUCACUAUUUAAUCAAUGGCGUCACCGUCAACGACCCAACCCGCUACGUGAUUAAUUUUCAAUAGUUAAUAUUGGUCCCUACUGCUGCUAAUGAAUAGCUAAUGUUAUUUAUUUGUUUGUUACAGGUUUUCCAUUAUUUGAGAUUGCUAUGAUUAGAGAUCUAAUACUCUCAAAACAAAGUUAGAAUUGAAAAACAUUUGUCCUGAAGUUACCAACUAUCACAAGAUGCAAACUAUCAAAUGUGUAGUAGUGGGUGAUGGAGCAGUUGGUAAAACAUGUCUUCUCAUCAGCUACACAACAAACAAGUUCCCAUCAGAAUAUGUUCCCACCGUAUUUGACAACUAUGCUGUCACAGUCAUGAUUGGAGGAGAACCCUAUACUUUGGGUCUUUUUGAUACUGCAGGACAGGAAGAUUAUGACAGAUUGAGACCGCUGAGUUAUCCUCAAACAGAUGUUUUCCUUGUAUGUUUCAGUGUGGUUAGUCCUAGUUCUUUUGAAAAUGUCAAGGAAAAGUGGGUACCUGAAAUUACCCAUCAUCAACAAAAAACACCAUUCUUACUAGUGGGAACACAAAUAGAUUUGAGAGAUGAUUCAACAACAAUGGAGAAGUUAGCAAAAAUUAAGCAGAAGCCUGUUUCAUUAGAACAGGGAGAGAAACUUGCAAAAGAACUGAAAGCAGUAAAAUAUGUUGAAUGUUCAGCUUUAACACAGAAAGGGCUGAAAAAUGUAUUUGAUGAGGCCAUACUUGCAGCAUUGGAGCCCCCAGAACCUGUCAAGAAGAGGAAAUGUGUGCUCUUGUAAUGCAUGCACUAUAACUGCAUCGGCUGUACAUGGCACGCCGCACUACCACUAUUUAACAAUGUAAUAUUCAAUUUAUUUUUAUAAAUUUAUAAUUAUUAAACAUUACGGGCCAUAAAUAAAAAUAAUGAAUAUUACAGCUGUUACUGAGACUGCAUUUUAAGCUCGACAUUUACUCAGGUCUUGCAGUUUUCCCAUUAAUUGGUAAUGAUUUCUAAAGGACAAUUUUCUACUAUGGCAUUUGUCUAUAAUAUAUUUACAUUAAUUAUUUAUAUUUAAUAAAAUUGAUUUAUAGAAAUGCAGUUUUCUGAGUUUGAUGUAACGACAGCAAUGUCGAUAUCCAUGAUUAUGUAUUGUAUUAAUAUGUAUUGAAUUUAAUCAAACCAGACUAUGAAUCUGCCUAGAAUGAUUGCUGAAUGUAUUUGAAGCAAUUUUUAUGCACAACAUUUGCUAUGCACAGUGCGAGCUAUGCAUUUUUUUUAUUAUUAAUUACUUGGUAACUAACAUUGAACUGUAUAAAUUAUAAUAUAUUUGUAUUAAUUAUUGUAACGCCUGUCACAAGUGACAGCCGUCCACUUUUGUGUGUCAUUUAUAAUUUCCAUGUGUUCUUAUUUAAUAGAUUACUUUAAUGUAUUUGACCUAAUAAAGUAAUAAUAGAUUUGAUAUGAAAUGUAAUAUCAGAGCAGUGUCAGAACACCAAUUAAUAUAGAUUAGAAUAAUUAAUUUUCUAAAAUAAGAUUGGUAAUCAUUUAUUGAAAGUAUAGAGGGAGAAGUUUGUUGUCAUUUAUAUAUGAGUUAUAACGUGGUAUCAUUUACAGGUUAUAUUAUAAAAGAUUAUUGUCAAAUAACUAUUUUGUUAUAACAUAUUGAUUAAGAAUAAUAUAGAAAUGUAUAAUGUUAACAACAAUAAUUAGCUACAUAUAAUUUGUUCUAUCCCACUUUUUUUUGUCCAUUAGUACUGCCUUGAUUUAUGUGAGUAUAUCAUCAUACUAUUUACAUGCAAUUUUAAAUUAUUAAUAAUAUUAAAUAGUUAUACUCCACAAUAAUGUUACAAAAAGCAUAGUAUUAUUUGUGUUUGAAGCAACUAAAGCACAGUCAUUCCAAGGCAACAUUGGCAUUUUAUUAAGAUUUUAUCUAAGAUGUGGGGAAGACUGAAAUGGAAGACUGGUCCUCAUUAGAGCGAUCAAACAUUCAAGUCUUACUC